AUGGCCCACUCUUUUCCUGAACCCGUAAAGCCGACCGACGACGAGACGAGCUCGACGCAAUCGGAGACGUCCGACACGAUCCCGAACACGUUUGAGGGUCCGGAGAAGAACCUCGAGAUUGACUUUAAAGCGGGCGUCGGCUGCGCUCGUGGCUUGCGAGAGGUGUCCCGUUCCGACCUGGACGAGAUGCUCGAAGCAGGACAGUGCCAGAUCUUGUCGUGCAUUAGUAACGAUCACAUUGACGCGUACGUGCUGUCGGAGAGCUCCAUGUUCAUCUACGCGCACAAGAUCGUGCUCAAGACGUGCGGGACCACGACGUUGCUCAAGUGUCUGCCGUUCAUCAAUACGUUUGCUGAACGACUGGGCCUCGAGAUCGAGUGGGUCAAUUACUCGCGCAAGAACUAUACGUUCCCCGAAGACCAAAAGUACCCGCACACGAGUUUCGAGACGGAAGUGGCCUUCCUGAGCUCGUACUUUCCAGAUGGAUCAGCGCAUGUGUUGGGCCCGCUGAACCAUGAUCACUGGUACAUCUACGCAUGGGACGCUGACAUCCACGAGCAACAGCCUGUGGCUGGUGCAACAACGCAUGCAGAAGGGGGGAAAGAGCUCGGUGCGAACGAGAGCACGCUGCACGUGCUAAUGCAGGACAUGCAUCCGAGUGUCGCCAAGCAGUUUUUCAAGAGCACUGACACGACGAUGGUGGCUCGUCGGAUGACGAUCGAGAGCGGGAUUCGUGAUUUGGUGCCUGGCGCAACCAUUGACGAUUUCGCCUUUGAUCCCUGCGGCUACUCGAUGAAUGGCAUUUUGUUUGACGCGUACUACACGAUCCACAUCACGCCGGAAAGCCACUGCAGCUACGUGAGCUUUGAGACGAAUGCGCGUCUUCGUUCGUACGCAUCGCUGCUGAAGAAUGUGCUGCGCUGUUUCCGUCCAGCUAAGUACUCGGUGAGUGUGUACACCGACCGCAAUGCACUGGAGACGGCCAAAGGCAACAACAUGUUGACUGAGGACCUGGUCAAGAUUGAUGACGACCUGCUGUACAAGCGCAAGGGUGGACACACGCAGGCCACGUUCGAAGGCGACUACAUGUGCCGCAUGGCCAACUACGCCCAAGCGCAAAACCCUCUGUUCAGCCGAGUCAAGCGAAAGUUCCGCUCUCCCUCGUUUGCCUAA